AUAACCAAAUCAAAACAAUGUACAAAGACGACGCAAAAACGUCACUUGCUCAAUUUCACACUGGCGAAAAAUUGUCCGUGAAUUUUACUGCACAAAUGUUAGGCAACCAAAAAAAAGGCACCCAAUCCAUUACAUAGAUGAAUUGUGUAUGAAAAACAAAAGUGACUAAUUAAAUAAACAAAAUUUUUAAGUUGUGUAUGGAAAACAGUGCCCGGUUUUCCAUUCGUAACUCAAUUCGUACGCACAUACAAAGCACAUGUAUGUAAGGCACAAAGAUAGAAAACAAAUAAGUGUACCAAACAAGUAACAAACACACAAAGAAAACGCGAAACGGUAAAUUAUUACGUUUCAAAUGUCCAUUUUGGUUUCGUUGUGUCACAUUAAAUUCGAAAUCGAUUUGUCGACGGCCAUGGACGGCACAAAGAAUAGUAAAGGAGCGGCUGCAGUUUGUGUGCGACAAAAUCCACACAACGAUCAGCGUCAACCGCGCAAAAUUACGGUGGAAAAUUUUACAAACAAACAAAAUGACGGCGAUGCUAAAGAUGGAAAAGGUAUUUUACCGUCCGGAUCACGUGAAACAACACCAAUGACUGAUGACACCGCAAAAACCACCAUCGAUGAAAAAGGCUUUUUCUACGGCAAUCCAUUCGUUGAAGUCACUAAAGGCAUCAUGCAUAUUUAUAAGAAAAAUGAACGCACUGAAAUCACCGACGAUGUAUCGAAAAUGCUGUGUUUAUUGGCCGUUCCAGCUACACUCAAUUGCCAUGAUAUUCUGAACUUCGUUGCACCGUGUCAUUCGACCAUUCAACACAUUCGCAUCAUUCGUGACGGAACACCAAAUCAAUUCAUGGUUUUACUUGAAUUCCGUUCGACCGAAUCGGCUGUGGAAUUCUACAAAACGUUCAACGGUAUCCCGUACAACUCACUAGAGCCCGAUUCAAUGUGCCACGCAGUCUGGGUAUCGAAUGUGGUUUGGGGUGAGGAUGGUUUGCCACCGUUUGGUCACACAGAGCUGCCUACAUGUCCGGUUUGCCUCGAGCGAAUGGAUGAAAGUGUCGAUGGUGUUCUCACAAUCCUAUGCAAUCAUGCGUUCCACUCCAACUGCUUAAUCAAAUGGGGUGAUUCCACAUGUCCUGUGUGUCGUUGUGUGCAAACACCGGAGUUGGCCGAGAGUUCGGUCUGUAUGGAAUGUGAAGGUAUUGAAGCUCUCUGGAUUUGUUUAAUUUGCGGUCAUGUUGGUUGUGGUCGAUACCAAGGUGGUCAUGCCGCCUCGCAUUACAAAGCCACCAAUCACACUUACGCACUGCAAUUGGGUACAAAUCGCGUUUGGGAUUAUGCUGGUGAUAAUUUUGUACAUCGUUUGCUGCAGAGCAAAGGCGACGGUAAAUUGGUGGCACACACACAAAGUCCAACCGCUGAAAGUGCCGAUAGCGAUGAAAAAAUCGAUUCACUUCAACUCGAAUUCACAUACGCCUUAACAUCUCAACUACAAAAACAGCGCGAAUACUACGAAGAGAAGCUGGCCCGACUGGAGAGCAAAAUUGACUCCGAUUCAAAGCAAUUUCAAGUGAAAAUCGAUACGAUCAUCACCGAUUUUACCGAUUUGGACAUGAAGUACACAACGUUACGCAAGGAGAAGACAAAUGUUGAGAGGAAAUUGGCACAAUUGAACUCAAAGUUAACCAACUGCCAAAAAGAGCUAAACGACGAACGAGAAAUGAUAAAAGCCCUGCGAUCAAAUCAAAGUGGUUGGGAAACAAAGUGUUCACAACUGGACGAAAAGUUUAAAAAGUACCAAACGGAAAAAGAGGCGGAAAUUAUCGACUUGAAGGAUGAAAUCCGUGAUCUCAUGUUUUAUAUGGAGGCUCAAAAUGUUGUUGCCAAUUCAAAGUUGAAAGAUGAAAUCGACGACACUUCGAUCAUCAUUUCACCACCGUCCACAUCUGGUGCAUCUGGUUCGAAAAAGGGACGACAGAAGAAGAAGUAAUCCAAACAGCUCGUCCAAAAUUAGCUUUACAACAUUCAUUGUGAUCAUUUUCCCCUGCUUUUGAAGUCAGCCAACAAAUAUUUAUUGCUUAAUUGGUUGUUUUGUUUAUUCUCAUGAAAAAUUAUUUACACGGAAAAUCGAUAGAAAAAUAAAUUCUCAUUAAAAAUUGUUCAAUUGUAAUCAGCUGGAGUUGAAUAAAGUAUACAAUACACUCAAACACA